UAGAAUAUAAGGGUUGGAAGGGACCCCAGAAGGUCAUCUAGUCCAAUUCCCAGUUAAAUCAUCCCAGCCAGGGCUUUGUCAAGCCUGACCUUAAAAACCUCUAAGGAAGGAGAUUCUACCACCUCCCUAGGUAACGCAUUCCAGUGUUUCACCACCCUCUUAGUGAAAAAGUUUUUCCUAAUAUCCAAUCUAAACCUCCCCCACUGCAACUUGAGACCAUUACUCCUCGUUCUGUCAUCUGCUACCAUUGAGAACAGUCUAGAGCCAUCCUCUUUGGAACCCCCUUUCAGGUAGUCGAAAGCAGCUAUCAAAUCCCCCCUCAUUCUUCUCUUCUGCAGGCUAAACAAUCCCAGCUCCCUCAGCCUCUCCUCAUAAGUCAUGUGUUCCAGACCCCUAAUCAUUUUUGUUGCCCUUCGCUGGACUCUCUCCAAUUUAUCCACAUCCUUCUUGAAGUGUGGGGCCCAAAACUGGACACAGUACUCCAGAUGAGGCCUCACCAAUGUCGAAUAGAGGGGAACGAUCACGUCCCUCGAUCUGCUCGCUAUGCCCCUACUUAUACAUCCCAAAAUGCCAUUGGCCUUCUUGGCAACAGGGGCACACUGCUGACUCAUAUCCAGCUUCUCGUCCACUGUCACCCCUAGGUCCGUAGAACUGCUGCCUAGCCAUUCGGUCCCUAGUCUGUAGCGGUGCAUUGGGUUCUUCCGUCCUAAGUGCAGGACCCUGCACUUAUCCUUAUUGAACCUCAUCAGAUUUCUUUUGGCCCAAUCCUCCAAUUUGUCUAGGUCCUUCUGUAUCCUAUCCCUCCCCUCCAGCGUAUCUACCUUUGAGGGUACUGCUCCCUUCUGCUUAUGGGGUGUGGGUGAUGCUAUGCUGGAGAUCCAUCAUCACUGAAGGAGUGGCAGCCUUGACCCUCCUAGAAGAUUGUCGGGAUGCCGAAGUGCACUCGAGGAGACCAUUUGGCCCACACUGUGCCACUGUGAAGCCUGCUGUGCAUUCCUGCACAUUUCUGCAGGUGGCGUUGUGCCUGUAAGUCUCUGUAACGCUGUCUUCAGUGACUCGAGAGCAUGAGCUCCAGCCUCAGGCAGACUGGUUUUCCAGUUUCCAAACCUGAUCAGAUCUCGCAGCUGGAAGAAGGGAAAGACCCAUGGGUCCCAGGCCUCCACUGCUCCUGAGAGCUGCGUGCACAGGCAUUGGGAUGGUGAGUGAGAACGAGGAGACACCCCAGCAGGAAGAUGCUGAGGAAGUAGAAUCCCAUGGAAUGUUAUCAGGAAGAUCCAAAGGGAAUGAUUCCUGGAAUUGUGCACACCAAGAAAAAGCAAAAGCCUGUGAGAGUCAGCAAAGGCCAGAGGAAAACUUCAGUAGCCACUCAGAUCUUGUUACACGCAAGAGAAUCAACUUGGAAGAGACAUGCUACACAUGCCAUGAGUGCGGGAAAAGCUUUGAUGGGAGUUCUGCCCUUAUGAAACAUCAGAGAAUCCACACAGGAGAGAGACCCUACACAUGCGCUGAGUGUGGUAAAAGCUUUAGUUGGCCCUCACACCUUAUCACACAUCAGAGAAUCCACACCGGAGAGAAACCCUACACGUGCUCUGAGUGCGGGAAAAGCUUCUCUCAGAGCUCAAACCUUAUCAUACAUCAGAGAAUCCACACAGGAGAUACACCCUACAUGUGCUCUGAGUGUGGGAAAAGUUUUAGUUGUUAUUCACACCUUAGCAUACAUCGUAGAAUCCACACAGGAGAGAAACCCUACACGUGUUCUGAGUGCGGGAAAAGCUUCAAUCGAAGCUCUGCCCUGAUCACACAUCAGAGAAUCCACACGGGUGAGAAACCUUAUGGAUGCUCUGAGUGUGGGAAACGCUUUAAUCGGAGCUCACACCUUAUCACACAUAGGACAAUUCACACAGGUGAGAAACCUUAUGGGUGCUCUGAGUGUGGGAAAUGCUUCAAUUGGAGCUCACACCUUAUCAGACAUAGGCAAGUCCACUCAGGAGAGAUGCUCUACGCAUGCUCUGAGUGUGGGAAAGCUUCAAUCAGAGCUCAAGGCUUAUUAAACAUCAGAAACACCACAUGGGAGAGAACUGUAAUAAAUGCCUUGACUAAGGCCGGCCAAAUUUUUUUUUAAUUCACAUUUGUUAAUUCCCAUAUAGUGAUCUUUCUGCCAUCUUCACCGUGGUCUCUCAGCUCCCCCAGAUGAGUUGCCUGCUUCUGCCUUUUGCAGCUCACCCUUCUUUGGGGUCAGUCCUGUGAUCUUUUCUAUCAACUCCUUUCCAUUUGAGACAUAAGAGUGUGUGUCCCUCCAGCCAGGAAUGUUCAUCAGCUCCAGAUGGGGGAGAGAGGUUUGAUCCCAACAAGCUACACUGAGGCAAAAAACUACCUGUGCCCUACAUCCACUAGGACUGUACAUGGCGUUUUGGCAGCUGAAGUGAGUGAUCUUGGUGUAAAAAGACAAUUAUAGUUGAAGUGCAGAUGCAGCCCAGGUGCAGUGGUUGGCACUAGCUUUCCCCUUGACCUGACCUAAACUCCAUCACUUUUCCGAGUCUAAACAAACCCUGAGCAUCACGGUUCUACUGUUCCCCCAUUUCAAAGCAAACAUCAAGUUUCCCCUUCAGGAACAAAUUCUUUCAUUCCCAGUUGCUCUGAUGUUGCUUCAGGUUGUGCUGGAGAGCAGAUAUUUUUACCACCAUUUUCCUCACUUAAAAUAUAUUGAACUAUAACAAAGAGCAGGAACAGGGCAGGGAUAGGGAAAACUGUCAUUUCACCCUCUGUAACAACAGAAGAAGAUAGGAUAAGGUAGAGGGAUUCCCUUAUUCACCAUCCCAAUCCCCCUGUUGUUCAGUUGGUUCGGUCAAUAUUUUUUCUAAAGGGCUGGGUAGAGGAUUCCCUUGUAAAUAAGCAAAAUACCCAUGCAUUUGGCUCCCAAAGCAGUUGUGACCCAGGCCCUGGAGGAGGUCGCUGCUGAAGAUAUCUCCUUUCUAAUCAGAUGCAUAAUGCCUAUUUGGGAAAUGCAAUCCCUAGCUAGGUAGAGAUGGGGAAAAUGGAAGUGACAUUUCUGUUCAGCUCUCCCCUGGGAAAUGCUGCAAAGUGUAGAAAAUGAAAUCCAUGUAGAAUGUGAUAGAGCUGCAGAAAGAUACCUAUUUUUAAUAGAUACCUGACAUUUGGUGUCUUACAGGGAUUCUAAGCCACACCUGAAUUUAGUCCCUAAUUUAAACCUGUGCCACCAGAUUAAAGAAAUAAAAGGGCAUAUUUGGGGGAGUUAUACCUCACUAUCACUACUGAUAUGUUGUGUGGUUGGUGAAGAAUUCUACAACAGAGAAGUGUAAAAUUACUCCAAGUAAGGUCAAUGAUUUGACAAGAACUCAGGUAGAAAUUGCAGGUACGCAUGGUUGAUUUUCACCCCAGAAAUGGAAGCUAUGGUGACCUGUGGCCCAGGUAAACUAGUUUUAGAACGCUGCUCCCUAGUUAAGUACUAUUGAUCAUGGUCCUAAAGGAUGCCAUGAUUAAAUUGGUAACAAUGUCCUUUACCAUUUGGAUCCAAAGGUUCAUGAAGCACAUAGAGAAACAGCUGAUUCCUUCAGAGCCAUUCCAUGCCUAUGGGUCCCAGUCUGGCUGCCUUGUUGGACAAGAAGCACUUCCAUGCUGCGCAAAUGAUGGUAGCCAAUGAGGGAAUGUAUCAGAUUCCAAGUUCAGACUGUAGGAUACAUGAAUGCUGAGUCCGGACUGUUAGGAUAUAGACUUUGGGUAUUGUUGCUCUCUGUUUAUGCGAGAAGGACCAGAGAAGUGAGAGGGUGAAGGAAUAAGCCCUCUAACAUCUUGGUGCCAUGACUCGGAUGCAUCGCAUCGGAUAGGUGAGUGGCAGCCUGUAAGUCCCCAUCCCCAAUAAUCCAUGCAGCUGCUUGGAGGGGGUAUGUCAAACUCUCAUGUUGGUAGUUGCUGGUUCUGGCAAGCUGGGGUAAUGGAUUUUUUGAACAAAUGGAUAAGGAACAAUCAGGGCCCAUACCAGGUGCAGGGGUACAGCUGGGAUGAGUUUGAAAAGGAGAUAGGGGAGGUUUUGGGAGACCCCAAGGGAAAGGAGUGUAGGAAAUAGGGAAUGGUAUUACAAGGUUUGUGUGCUGGGAUGGCAUACUGGGUAAAAGGGGAAGCCGAUCUCCUCCAACACAUUAAGGAUUUGGAGGUUAUUGUGGAUUAGCAAUGGAUUUUAACAGAAAAAUCCAUGUUAGUGGUAGAGAGAGCUGAUUUGAAGGCACGAGAUGCUGCACGGACAGAGGAGUCUUGUGAGGCAAUCCGGCGAGAGAGGGAUGAACUGCUGAGAAGAGUAGGAGACUUAGAGGAGGAAUUGUAUCAAUGUAAACCUGGGGGCAAUGGACUUGGGGACCCCAAACCAUCCACCCCACAAAUGGAACUGAAGGAGACACCUCUGCCAUCCUACCCUGAAAAAAUACUGCAUCCACCACUGCCAGUGGACAUUGUAAGCCAGCAAUCCACAGUUACAGUCCCUACGAGAGAGGCUACACAGGAGGAACUGCAGGAGAUAGGAACAGAGGUCCUGGUUGCGGGGUGGGGGACCAUGCCCCACAAGUAGAACAGGCAGAAAUCUGGCCCUGGUCCCUGGAGGACCGGGAGGCAGUACUGGGCCGUUUGGGAAAGGUACCCUGGGAUGAUUGAGAUCAGUUUGUGCUGUGGCUAGUGGAGGUGGGCAGGGAGAAGAAGGGUCUAACUCGUGAGGACCAGGACUGGCAGGAGUGGCACACCCAUUUCUAAUCCUCAGACAGGUGACAAAACAGUUGUUUGGGGUGUACUCUCGUACUGCGGGGAUGAAUAAGGUGAAGCAAAUCUCUGGGGAAACAGGGCGGGAUACACUGAAUCACAUACAGGCAUGGGCACAGUGCUGCAUGGAUCCCCUGGACAGUCCAUGGGUGAUGCCCCAGGCAGGGACGCUGGGACCUGGUGGGGGUGUGAGAUUGCUGGAUAAAUGUUUGGAGCUGAGCGAUCCACAGUUCGUGGGGCAUUUAAGGUUGCAGCACCCUGAACUUGCUCCCAAUCAGCUACCCCAAUUUCUGGAACAGGCAGAUGUAUCGGGGGCAGAGCCAGUCCAUGUGUUACUGCAGGGGAUCAGCACAAGGUGGAAAGGGGUGGGUCAGCCCAGAGGAGAGGAUGUACAGGGAGAGGUGGUGGCUUUGGGGGGCGUGGUAAUUGGGGACGAGCAGGCAGCUAUAGAGCCACAGAUCCAGAGACUGCAGGCUAAGCUGACUACCCAGGAUCUUACCAGAUCGGGGGAAAGUGGCCCUGGAGGCCAGGGGAGGGACUGCCAGAAAUGCCAGGCACACAAUUUUGCUUGAAGACAGGAAUGUCUUCGGUGCCAGGACCCCUGGCCCCCCUGUGAAACAGUGGGAGAGACAGAGGUGGGAGCUGCGACUUAGGGGUGCCCUGGGAGGCCUCCUGUCCAUGUUCUCAGUUUAGGAUGGGAUGCAUCUGGUCACCCCAUGCUCCAGGGGGCGAUUGAAGGGAGUCUCAUGAGGGAUUUUUUGAUAGACACUGGAGCAGCCAUCAGCUUCAUCACAUGGGGGCAGGGGAGACCCUCAGAAGGGACUGUGACAAUUGUAGGGGCAACGGGAGGGGAGACACAGUUAACCCUGAGGCAGGGACAGAUAAAGGAAUCUGGAGGGAAGGGGAGAUAAUGUGGGGUUGUAAUGAUAUGCUUAAUCUGUUGGGGGCAGGAGAUUUACACAAACUGGGACUUGUACUGGAUUUAGCCAAUUGGGUGUGUUUACUGGGGCAGAUGCAGGAUGGUCAGGGCUAUACCAUUCCCAUGGGGAUAGCCACUAUGACCAUUAAAGCCUCAUAUGCCCUCCCACCAUCCCCGGCAGGGCGGGAACACAUCCCUGUGUGGGCGAAGGAUAACCUGGAUUGUGGUAGGGGCCGCAUGGAGGUACUGCUGGAGGGAGGGGACCCUCCCCCACAGAAACAGUACCCUAUUCCUCGGGAGGCGUAGGCAGAGGUGGGGGCAACGAUUGAGGAAUUGGAUCAGAGGGGACUGAUCAGAGCAGUUGCAUCCCCUUGUAAUGCUGCUGUGUGGCCCGUGAGGAAGCCAAACGGUACCUGGUGCCUCACUGUGGCUUACAGGGCACUAGAUGCUCUGGCCAAUUCGCCAGCCUCAGUGUGGCAGCGUACCCUGAAAUGUAGCCCGUAUGGGACCCCAAUUUUGAAUUUUCAGUUUUGGACAUAGCGAAUGGGUUUUGGUCUCUGCCACUAGCUACCUCGUGUCAGUAUAAAACUGCAUUCACAUGGGAGGGCAGACAAUUCUGCUGGACAGUCCUACCCCAGGGAUAUUGGGACUCCCCUGCAAUUUUUCACAGAUACAUGAGACAGGCUCUGGAGGGGGUGGAUUCAGCAAGGUGCAUACAAUAUGUAGACGACCUGUUGCUAAUGUCAGGGACAGAGGAAGAAGACAGGAAACAAGACAAGUCCUGCAAGCUUUGGCAAGAGCCGGGUUGAAGGUCAAUGGGGAAAAGGCUCAGAUGGGACAGACAAGAGUGACCUACUUAGGAGUGGAAGUGUCCCAGAUAGGAAGGGAAAUUGAUAAGGGUUGAGUGCAACUGACCCAGUCCCUGCCACUCCCUACGGAUGUUAAAAGCUUGCAAAGUUUUCUGGGUCUAACUGGAUUUUGCAAGGAUUUUGUGGCCAGUUAUGCAGAAAUAGCCCAGCAUCUAUUUGACCUAACCCGAGCCUCAACUUGGGAGUGGUCAGAAGAGUGUACUGAGGCAGUGAGAGUGCUAAAGGAAAACCUGGCCAGUGCUCCAGUGCUGGCCUCCCCGGAUGGGGAGAAACUCUUUUAUCUGUACCCUUUGGUAUCGGACACUACCGUUGGUUGUGCAUUAACACAGGAGUAUGGAGCAAAGGACAGACCUGUGGCCUUUGCCUCUCGACUUUUGAGUGUUGUGGAACUGAAAUAUAGAUGGUGUGAAAAGGUGUUCUUGUGCACCUACUGGGGGGAUAGGGAAAUUCAAAUACCUUACGGGAAUGCAGAAAGUAAUAGUCUGAUCUCAUCAUGACCCCUGUGGCUAUUAAACAUGCAUACUAUCUUACAGGGACCAGUGAGUGGGCAGUGUAUUGCCAAAUGGUUGCUGGCUCUACAAACAGAAAACAUUAAAGCAGAAGUGUUAAAGGAACCCAUUUUCUGGGUAGCCAGAUUACAUCUGGCUGGCACCCCACACCACUGUGAAGCAAAUCCAGAUAAAACCCAACUUCUGGCGUUUCGGGCAGCUAACCCCAAUCAGGUAAAGGAGGGGACACUGGUAUGGUUUUUGGAUGGAAGUUGUAGGUAUCAGGGGGGACGGAAAACUGCAGUCUUAGCUGUUGUGGGAAUCAGAGGCAAUGAGACAGCCAGCACCAUUGGUUUCUCACUAGAAGCAAGGUCAGCUCAGGAGGCAGCCUUGCUAACAGCUUUAAAUGAAGCCGUCAUAAAUAUAAAGGGAAGGAUAAACAGCUUUAAAUCCCUCCUGGCCAGAGGAAAAACCCUUUCACCUGUAAAGGGUUAAGAAGCUAAGAUAACCUCGCUGGCACCUGAUUAAAAUGACCAAUGAGGAGACAAGAUACUUUCAAAGCUGGAGGGGGUGGGGGGGAAACAAAGGGUUCUCUCUGUCUGUGUGAUGCUUUAGCCGGGACCAGGGCAGGAAUGCAGAUCAGAACUCCUGUAAAGAGUCAGUAAGUAAUCUAGUGAGAUAUGCGUUAGAUUCUGUUUUAUUUAAAUGGCUGAUAAAAUAAGCUGUGCUGAAUGGAAUGUAUAUUCCUGUUUUUGUGUCUUUUUGUAACUUAAGGUUUUGCCUAGAGGGAUUCUCUAUGUUCUGAAUCUAAUUACCCUGUAAGGUAUUUACCAUCCUGAUUUUACAGAGGUGAUUCUUUCACUUUUUCUUU